AACUUCAAAGCGAUUAAAGCAAUCAAAGGCUUGCUAUAAAAAUUGCACUAAAUUUUCCAAAAAAAAAUAUAUAUAUAUUAUUAAGUAAAAUGACCUCGUUUUCAUUAGAAUAAAAUAAUUUSGAAUAUGUUAAGCAAAUAUUCGUGCUUAAAGCCAAAACGCGCUUUUGUUGUGUGAAAGCACUCAAGUACGCCUACGGUGUUACAUAAGGUGGUCUGUGAAAAAAUUGAAGUGUUUUCCAGAAGCUACUAGCUAUAAAGCAAUAAUGAAAAUAUAAUAGUAAUUAUUGUGGAUGCGAGUUUGAAAUUGGCAUUGGUAAAUAGUACUUUCGCAUAUAAAAAUUGCUCAAUUUUACAUAAAAUAUACGUUUCGUUAUGGAAUAUCAAAUAUUUCUCUUGGUAAUAUUUUCAAUAUGUUUAGAGAAAUUCACAACGGGCGAAUACCAGCAAAGCUUGGCGAUAACAGAUAUUUUGCCCGAGGACAUAAAACGAUAUGAUAAAAUGCGUCCACCCAAAAAGGAUGGACAACCAACAAUYGUUUAUUUUCACGUCACCGUAAUGGGUCUCGAUUCGAUCGACGAGAACUCUAUGACAUAUGUUGCGGAUGUGUUUUUUGCACAAACCUGGAAGGAUCAUCGCUUGCGACUGCCCGAGAACAUGACACAAGAGUACCGAUUACUAGAAGUCGAUUGGCUAAAGAAUAUGUGGCGACCGGAUUCUUUCUUCAAAAAUGCCAAAUCAGUGACUUUUCAAACCAUGACAAUUCCCAAUCACUACAUGUGGUUGUACAAGGAUAAGACCAUACUUUAUAUGGUGAAGCUAACACUGAAAUUGUCAUGCAUUAUGAAUUUCGCCAUUUAUCCACAUGAUACACAAGAAUGCAAACUGCAGAUGGAAAGUUUGUCACACACAACAGAUGAUAUGAUCUUUCAGUGGGAUCCUACGACGCCUUUAGUAGUAGAUGAAAAUAUUGAAUUGCCGCAAGUGGCGCUGAUACGAAAUGAAACGGCAGAUUGCACUCAAGUGUAUUCGACGGGCAAUUUCACUUGUCUCGAGGUCGUUUUCACGCUCAAACGUCGCCUUGUCUACUAUGUUUUCAACACAUAUAUACCGACUUGUAUGAUUGUUAUAAUGUCUUGGGUCUCGUUUUGGAUCAARCCGGAAGCUGCGCCAGCGCGUGUUACAUUAGGCGUCACCUCGCUGUUGACCUUGUCCACGCAACAUGCGAAGUCGCAAUCAUCUCUGCCGCCGGUUUCCUACUUAAAGGCGGUCGAUGCAUUCAUGUCCGUUUGUACGGUGUUUGUUUUUAUGGCGCUAAUGGAAUAUUGCCUAAUAAAUAUUGUGUUGAGUGAUACGCCCAUACCGAAACCAAUGGCUUAUCCGCCGAAACCUGUGCCGGAGGGUGCGAAAAAAGAACCAGAAAAGCCGCCAGCCACAGCUCCYACACCGGCACCAGUGAUCACACCCGCCAAAGUGGUGCCGGACGAAAAGAUAGAGAAAAUUGAGAAAAUAUUCGACGAAAUGACCAAAAAUAAGCGGGUUGUGCACACACGUCGUGUUGUUCGACCGCCACUCGACGCCGAUGGUCCUUGGAUACCGCGUCAAGAAUCGCGCAUAAUACUCACYCCAACUAUUGCGCCACCACCGCCGCCGCCACCGCCAGARCCUGAGCCGCCUAAACCAAAGCUGACGCCACAGCAAGAGCGUCURAAGCGUGCCAUUUAUAUUGAUCGCACAUCGAGGGUACUCUUCCCGGCGCUCUUCGCCGGUCUCAACGCCAUCUAUUGGAUCAUAUUUUAUGAAUAUCUAUAAGCACAAACCGACAUACUUAUGGUAUAUACCAAAUGUACAGYUGCUGUGGCUCAUCUACAUACAUACAUACAUACAUAUGUACAUACAAAUGCAUUCUCCUCUGCAAUUGAGAGGCGAAUGAUGAGUAUGUUUUGUGGUUUUAACUCAACUCGUUAGUUUAAGUGGCAUAUACAGUAAUAUUUAAAUAUAUGUAUGUACGAGUAACUGUAAACAAAGAAUAUGAAAAAUAUGUAGAUAAUGUUGUAGUGUUAAUGAACGGAAAUAGAAAAUUUUAUUCAAAUCAAUUUGCCAAAGCAAGUUCAUCAAAUCUAGUAUGUGUAUGUACAUACUUAUAUAGUAAAUAAUAUAUGUAUGUAUGUUAACUAGCGGUAAUAUGUAUAAAUACUUCUAUAAGCUUGAAAUAAGUUAAUGAGCAGCGCGCUCUUUGUGAAAUUCUUAUAUUCUUAAAUAAUAAAGCCUUAAAUUUUCAAAUUGUAUAAUUUGUGAAACAUUUUUAUUUCUUACAAACACUUCACAUUGAUUGGUAAACCGUAAAAAUCCUAACGGCGUAUAUUUAUUAUAAGAUCUAAAUUAACAUGAGUAAC